AAUGGUAACAAAAUCACUUCUUCUUGAGAUCAUCUACAUACAAUACAACUAUAUAUUUAUAUACAUAUACAUACAGACAUAAUUAUAAUAUACUUGAUAAUUUCUAUGUUCUUUGUCAUACUAUAUGUACUAGAAUAACAUACAUGUUUUCUUAAGAAAUCUUUGACCGUCUGGAAUAAUUAUAUUUCUCGCCGGAGAUGGGUCAUUGUUGUAGUAAACGCGCCGCCGUGAAGGAUGAUGUUAAGCCUGUAAAAGCUACCAAGACCCACCACCGGAAACCGUCGUCAACCGGCGGAGAAACUCCGGUAUGUUCAUACACUGGCAGUCCAUGGCAGAUAGGGUACCCAGAAGGAGUUGGGGCGACGCCGUCGCCGGCAGGGACGCCGAGGAGGGUGUUCAAGUGGCCGUUUCCGCCGCCGUCGCCGGCGAAACCUAUCAUGUCGGUGAUAAGGAAGAAACGGAAUGGAAAGCCGGCGACAGUGCCGGAAAAUGAGAAGAAGGAAAAAGAGAGUUUUUUGGAUAAAAGUUUUGGGUUUGGAAAGAAUUUUAAGUCAAAAUAUGAGUUGGGGAAAGAAGUUGGAAAAGGGCAUUUUGGUCAUACUUGUAUUGCUAAGUGUAAAAAAGGAGCUAUGAAAAAUCAGUCUGUUGCUGUUAAAAUUAUUUCUAAAGCUAAGAUGACAACAGCGAUAUCGAUUGAAGAUGUACGUAGGGAGGUAAAUUUAUUGAAAAGCUUAUCUGGGCAUCAACACAUGGUUCAAUUCUAUGAUGCAUGUGAAGAUGAUCAAAAUGUGUACAUAGUCAUGGAAUUGUGUGAAGGGGGGGAGCUUCUUGAUCGAAUAUUAUCUAGGGGUGGAAGAUAUACUGAACUUGAUGCCAAAUCAAUCGUUAUGCAAAUACUAAGUGUAGCUUCAUUUACACAUCUUCAAGGAGUUGUUCAUCGUGAUUUAAAACCAGAGAACUUUCUUUUUAGUACAAAAGCUGAAGAUUCUCUAAUGAAGGUUAUUGACUUUGGUUUGUCUGAAUUUGUUAGACCAGAUCAACGACUGAAUGAUAUUGUUGGCAGUGCAUACUAUGUUGCACCUGAAGUGCUGCACCGAUCGUAUAACGUGGAGGCUGACAUGUGGAGUAUUGGUGUUAUAACAUAUAUAUUGUUGUGUGGAAGCCGGCCCUUUUUUGCUAGAACUGAAUCGGGUAUAUUUCGUUCAGUGGUAAAGGCCGUACCAAAUUUUAACGGGUCACCUUGGCCUUCGGUAUCAGCAGAAGCCAAAGAUUUUGUCAAAAGACUCCUUAAUAAGGAUCAUAGAAAGCGAAUGACCGCUUCUCAAGCUUUGACUCAUCCAUGGCUAAGAGAAGAAAAACAUGACGUGCCAUUGGACAUUUUGGUCUACAAGUUGGUCAAGUCAUAUGUUCGAGCCACACCUUUGAGGCGUGCUGCACUCAAGGCUCUCUCAAAAGCUUUGACUGAAGAUGAACUGAUAUACCUGAGUGCCCAGUUUAAUCUAUUGGAACCAGAAGAUGGUUGCAUUUCCCUCGACAAUUUUAAAAUGGCACUUUUGAAACAUUCGACUCCUGCCAUGAAAGAAUCAAGAGUCUUUGAUAUUUUAGACAAGAUGAAGCCCUUAUCUUACACUCAAAUGACAUUUGAAGAGUUCUCUGCUGCUGCAAUUAGUCCACAUCAACUUGAGGCUCUUGAAAAGUGGGAAACUAUUGCAAACAAAGCUUUUCAAUACUUUGAACUUGAAGGAAACCGUGCAAUUUCUGUGGAUGCAUUAGCUCAGGAAAUGAACGUGGGUGAAGCGGCUCACUCAACAUUGAAUGAUUGGAUAAGAAGCAGCGAUGGAAAACUCAGUUUUCUUGGAUACACCAAGUUUUUGCAUGGUUUGUCUACCCGUAGUCAUCACACAAGACAACAAUAACACACUGCCAUUGCUGAUGCAGUUAAUAAGCAAAUACAUUAUUUCAUAAGCGGUCAACGAUUUGGGGUUGGCUGUAAUUCUUUUAUGUAUGAUAAUCGUGUUAGCCGUCUUCAUGUCCCAUAAUCAUUUAGUUCGAUAUUACAGCCAUGUAAAAUCAAUUUUGAACA